AUGGGGAGUUGGCAUGUGGCCCACAGCCUGUACAGGAUGGGCAUCAAGGCAAUGCCUCGGAAUGCCGGCGGAGAGCAGCUCCGGCGCAUGGACAACAUCCGGGUCGAGUUCGGCUUGACGCUUUGCGCUCUGGCCUCAACAGGGGCGGCCACGUGGGUGCAGCACCAGGUGGCGGCCACGCAGGAGCGGGCUCUGGCGAUGCUGGCGGGCACUAAGGUGCAGGACGACGUUGUCACCACGCACAACCUGACCAUCUGCAACGCGUACGCGGACCACAAGCCCCUCAGCAUCUACACGGUGAACAACAAGGCCAAGCUCACGGAGGAGCCUCUCCCAUACAAGGGAUGCAAGCUGAUCGCCCUGCCCAUGGAGGAGAGCGAGCGCAUCGACUUCAAGUUGGGUGGUCUCAGCGUGGGGACCUUCCGCGUCACUGGUCUGCCUUACGUCUCCGCGAACCUGCUGCUGGUCCCGUACCACCGCAGCAACGACACAAUGUCCGCUGCUUUCGCUUCUCACAUGUUCACCUCUUCCGACGAGCGGGCGCAGGUGGCAGUUGUCGACGCGUAUUCUGGCAGUGAGGCUGGAUCCUUGAAGAUCCAGCAGGCGCGCAGCAGGCACCAGAGGCAGUCCGCAGCUCUGAAGUCCGGCGCGUCGGUGAAGGUGAGCGCGGGGAGUUACCUCCUCGGCCUGGACGACGCCAACGGCAGGCAGAUCAAGACCGCCGCGCUGGAGGCUGCCGACCAUGGCAGGUAUGUGGUGAUGCGCGUCGGCAGCGAGUCCGACGGACACGCCCAGGAGCUCGUGGUGUCCUCGGCCUCCGGGAACGAGGGCACCGCUGCCGCCCGCAGCGGCUCCUUCCGGGCCGGCCUCGGAAUCUUCGCCGCGGCCGCGGCCGCGACCGCCUCCCUGGCAGCGGCAGCGGCGUGA